UUUCACAUGGAGAGGCGCAUAAUGAUAUGUGGUUUCUGUAAUGACACUUUAUCGUUUUCAUUGGAGGUCGGACGAGGAUUUUUUGCAGACGGGUUUUUGAAAAUUGUCGAAAAAUGUGGGUCAGCUUGGUGGCGAAAAUCGUGAUUAUUGUGGGGAUGAAUGGGGUGAUUUGUGAUCUGGAAAGUGUUAAUUGGUUGAGGGGCACCAGCACCGACCUGACCAAGGCACUGCAGUUCCUCAGGGAGUACGACACCGAAGCCUCAGAAAUGUGCUUCAGAGUCAACACUGCCCAAUGGCAGUACUCCACCAACAUGACGGACCUUCUCAAGCGGAAAAUGGUGGAGGAGCAAACUCUGAGAGCGAAAUUCGACAAGCUCACGUGGAAGAGGGCCGUCGUAUUCGAUUGGACGAGGAUUUCCGACCCGGUGGCCAGGAGGCAAUUGAAGAUGCUGACCACCAACACUAGGGCUAGUUUAUCUGAUGAAAAAUAUAAUGAGAUAUACCAUCUGAUUUCGGAAAUGAAGGAUAUUUACGCGACAACAAGGACUUGCGCAUAUGCUCCUGGCAUACAUGACAACGAGGUGACCUACUGCGACCUGGGUCUGGAAGACAUCCAGACGAUCAUGGCCAAGUCCAAAGACCACAAAGAGUUGGCACACACGUGGAGAGAGUGGCACGACAAAAUAGGGCCGCCAUUGAAGAAUAAGUACAUGAGGUAUGCUGAUUUGGCCAACCAAGCUGCCAGACUGAAUGGUUUCCUGGAUGCAGGGGAAGAAAUGCGUUUCAUGUACGAAGACCCGGACUUCGAGAACGAGCUCGCCCAAACUUUCCAUAAACUCCAGCCGCUCUACAAGGAGCUGCUUACCUACGUCAGAAGGAAGUUGAUCGAGCAGUACGGAGACCGUGUGGUCAGGCCAGAGGGGCCCUUGCCGGCCCACAUUCUUGGGAACCUUUGGGCCCAGGACUGGACCAACAUCGCGGACAUCGUCCUACCUUAUCCCAAGUUCGCGGAUAUGGAUGUUACUGUGGAAAUCUUACGACAGGGGUUCACCCCUCUGAGAAUGUUCCAAAUGGCAGAAGAAUUCUUCACUUCCAUGGGUUUGAAACCAAUGCCUCCCGAAUUCUGGAGACACUCAAUGAUUGAAAGGCCGAAUGGUAGAAAAGUUCAAUGUACUGCAAGUGCUUGGGACUUCUGCAACAAUAUUGAUUUCAGGAUCAAACAGUGCACAGAAAUGAACAUGAAGAACUUGAUAAUGAUACAUCAUGAAAUGGCCCAUAUUGAGUACUAUCUGUAUUACUCGGAUGAACCUUAUCUUUUCAGAGAUGGCGCGAAUCCAGGUUUUCAUGAAGGUGUUGCCAAUGCCAUAGUCUUAUCAGUUUUCAACCUGAAGCAUUUAUGGAGAGUUGGCUUAUUCAACACUAACACUGACAAUUACGAGUUGAAUAUCAACUUCUUGAUGUUGAUGGCUCUCAAAAAAGUUGCUUAUGCACCUUUCGCAUAUCUCUUAGAACAGUGGCGCUACGACCUCUUCGAGUCGGGCGUGACCCGAAUGAACGCCGACUGGUGGGACCUGCGCCUGCGCUACCAGGGCGUCGUCCCGCCCGCUACCCGCUCCGACGCCCACUUCGACGCCGCCGCCAAGCGUCACGUGCCCGCCGACGUGCCCUACGCGCGCUACUACGUGGCGCUGCUGCUGGAGUUCCAGGUGUUCAAGGUCGCGUGCCAGGCGGCGGGGCAGACGGGGCCCUUGCACGGCUGCGACUUGUACAGGUCUAGGGAGGCGGGCAGGGUUCUGAUGGACAUAAUGAGAAGCGGAAAAUCCAAACACUGGAGACAAGUCAUCAGAUCCAUGACCAGAGGAGAAACGGACAGAAUAUCAGCAGACGCGAUGCUGGAGUACUUCGAUCCUUUGCUGGUCUGGCUCAGAAACCAAAAUCGCGAUGAAAAAGUCGUAGGAUGGACAACCUUCAAAGAAGACAAGGCUCUCUUCCAGCCCCUCAUUUAUGGAGGAAGUGGGGUACCCACGGCAAAGCUGGCCUGUAUUUUUGUAGUUGUUUUAGUUUUCAUUCAGUUUGUACAGUGAGAAAAAACUAGGGACCAGAGUGUCCAAAUAAAAUGAAUGUUUUAAUUA